UUUGGGCUUGUGAGGUAGUUUCUAUUUGAAAUUCCCCUUUUACAUUAUUUAGAUGAGCUAUGUAUUUUUAUGGUAAAAAAAAUAAUCUAGACCGCAUAAUAUCAUUGGAGCUGCUGAAGCUGCGCGUGCCGGCGCACGUGGCGCUGGGCACGCGUGCGUCGCUGUCGUGCCGCUGGGUGCUGGGCCCGGCCGACGUGCUCUACUCCGUCAAGUGGUACAAGGACGGCAAGGAGUUCUUCCGACACGUGCCGCGCGACCACGAGCCCAGGAGAAAGUUCCCGCUGCCUGGAGUCGAUGUUGAGGAAGCGGAUCCCUCGGGUGCUAGCCUUGUAUUGUCAGCAGCAGUGUUGGAGACUGGAGGCCGUUAUCGCUGUGAGGUUUCCGGAGAACGGCCGCUUUUCCCUACGGUAUCUGGACAUGCAGAUAUGGAUGUCGUUGUACUACCCGAGGAAGCUCCUGUCCUAACAGGGCUAAGGUCACGGUAUCGUCUGGGUGAUCGUGUGCAAGUGAAUUGUACAUCAGGGCGCUCUCGUCCGGCCUGCCAACUGUCAUGGUACAUCAACAGUGAGCCAGUACUUACCUCGGCUUUGUUGCCUGCUAUCCACAAUGUAUAUGAAGACGGGCUGGAAACGACAUCCUUGCAGCUAGAUUUUAUACUCACCGAGUUGCAUUUUAAGCAGAGUGGACUCAAAGUCAAAUGCCUAGCAACACUCGCGGAGCUGUACUGGCGAAGUAACGAAGGGAGUGCUCUGUUAGACAAAGGGAAGAUCCGCCAUACAUUAACAUCAUUUGAACCAAAAAGAAACACGAGAGCCGACCAUAUUCAAUCAAAUGUAGCGAGCUUGCUCAAUAGUUCCUCUAUACUCAUUAUUAUUUUGCUUUUAGUGCCUUCCCGUGUGAAGGUCUGUUAG